CCUACGCGGGCCUCCGUAGAGCUGUCUCUCGCCCACUUCUCUUUUCAUUGGUUGUGAGCGAGGUGGGCGGGUCGUCGAGGCGUCUGAGGAAGAGAGGGCGGCGGCGGUUGCGGUGACGGAGCGGAGCCCAGUGACAGGAUGUUGGUGUUGGUAUUAGGAGACCUGCACAUCCCACACCGGUGCAACAGUUUGCCAGCUAAAUUCAAAAAACUGCUGGUGCCAGGAAAGAUUCAGCACAUUCUCUGCACUGGAAACCUUUGUACCAAAGAGAGUUAUGACUAUCUCAAGACUCUGGCUGGUGAUGUUCAUAUUGUGAGAGGAGACUUCGAUGAGAAUCUGAAUUAUCCAGAACAGAAAGUUGUAACUGUUGGGCAAUUCAAAAUUGGUUUGAUCCAUGGACAUCAAGUUAUUCCAUGGGGAGAUAUGGCCAGCUUAGCCCUGUUGCAGAGGCAGUUUGAUGUGGAUAUUCUUAUUUCAGGACACACACAUAAAUUUGAAGCAUUUGAGCAUGAAAAUAAAUUCUACAUUAAUCCAGGUUCUGCCACUGGAGCAUAUAAUGCCUUGGAAACAAACAUUAUUCCUUCAUUUGUGUUGAUGGAUAUCCAGGCUUCUACAGUUGUCACUUAUGUGUAUCAGCUAAUUGGAGAUGACGUGAAAGUAGAACGAAUUGAAUACAAAAAGUCUUAAAGCGAGGUGUGUCCUGAUGAUGUUGGGCUUUUUUUUUUUUUUUCAUUCCCCUGUUCAACUCAAGUAAUUAAAUGUUUAAGAGCCACAAAAUUGUAUCACUUUUAUAAUAUUUUGCAGUAAAAUGUAAUCUCGUCUUCUGUUAAUACAAUGGUCUAAGCUUCUUGUAAACUAUAAGAUUAUAUUUAGUUUAAGUAUAUGAUUUCUAUGAAAAAUCGUCCACCACACAGUAAAUGGUCCCAUGUUAAGAAAAAUUUAUCCUUGUAAAUAUCUUCAUAGUUGAUAUUUGGAACUUUACUACCAAAGUGGUGCAUGAGGAGAAAGAAUCUAGAUUUUCUUGUAUACAUUCUUCUCUUCUCCAGUAAUAAACAGUUACCUUUCAUUUAUA